GCGGAUCGCGCCCGUUGAGCUCGGCGAGACUGCGCAAACAAACGCAAGACGCGUCCUAGACUUGGCUGCCGAUAACAAAUCCUGCUAACAAACUGCAUUGCUGUCACUCCACGAGUAUAAACUUCAGCUGGCAGGAUUAUAAGCCGUUUUAUUCGUAACACGGUUAAAAUCAUCAAAAAUGGAAAAGGACAAUGAGCUUCCGAAAAUCGAAUAUUUGCAAGAAGAAAGUAAGAAGAUGAUGGAGUACUUCAAAGGUGAAAAACACGGUUGGGUACAUGUCGGAGAAAAGAAAUGGUUUCUUCCUGCAAAAUAUGCUAAACAAUGUUCGAUUUAUUACAACUUUGAAGUGAAUCGAGAUGAUACGUGGAUUGUUACUUAUCCCCGAUCAGGUACGACAUGGACGCAGGAGUUGAUAUGGCUCUUGAGUCACGACUUAAAUUUUGAAACAGCCAAAUCCGUACCACUCGUAAAGAGAUUUCCUUUCUUAGAACUUUCGAUGGCUAUAAAUGACAGUUGUUUAAAAGGUAUCCGGGAUGAAAAUAAAGCAAAUCCUGAAAUACAAUGUUUGAUGUCCAAUGUAGAAUUGACUUACGAAAUAGCACGAUCGAUGCCAACCCCAAGGUUCAUAAAAACUCAUUUUCCAUUAAGUUUGAUGCCGAACAUUUUAAACUCUAAUUGUAAGGUAGUUUAUGUAGCUCGGAAUCCAAAAGAUAUGGCAGUUUCUUACUACCACUUUCACAAAACAGUAAAAGCCUAUGAUUACUGUGGUGAUUUUGAAACUUUCUGGAACUAUUUUCAAAACGACAAAGUUUCAUGGAGUCCUUAUUGGGAACAUUUGAAAGAAGGAUGGAAACAUAGGCACGAUCCAAAUUUUCUAUUCUUAUUCUAUGAAGAAAUGAACCAUGAUUUAUUAGCUGCAUCUAAAAGAGUAGCGAAAUUUUUAGGUAAAUCAUAUACGGAUGAACAGUAUGAAAAAUUAGUUGACCAUCUGACAUUCAGCAAUUUACAAAAUAAUAAAAUGGUGAAUUUAACACGAGAUGCGACAAAAAUACUCUUCAAGAAGGACACUUAUAUGCGGCAAGGAAAAAGUCAAGCGUGGCAUAGUAUGUUUUCUCCUAAAUUGAAUGAGCAAGCUAACGACUGGAUACGAGAAAAUCUAAAGGACACGGAUAUCGAAUUUCCAUUCAUCGAUAUUUAUUCGUAAUCUAUUGAAUUUCAUGUCAUUUUAUGAUUGUGUAUUUUUAUGAAGGAAUACUAAAAUAAUAAAAAUAGUAUAUUAGAAAAUACUGCUUAAGUUAUGUACUUAUCUUCGGUUCAUUCUUAUAUGGAUAGAGCUAAAAUUUACAUAAAUCAAUACUUUUAAUUAACCAAAGCUCUUCAGCUCUUUUCUAUUUGUGUAGUGAGAUUUUUAUAUUUUUGAGGUUUAACGACACUCAAAUAACGAAUAAAUACAUAAAAAUUGCAAAUUGACUUGAUAGUUGAUGCUCUUUGCAAGUUGAGUCUUCCUUAGUGCUAUUUAUAUUAUCGGUGAA